UCAUGGCGGGCUUGCUGAAGAAGGUGAGACGCGCGGAGGUCACUGCUGGAGUUUAGACUGCGGGAAUGGAGUCAGUCCGCGGGUGGUGGCCUGAACUGACCACUGGCCUGGUGGGAUUGGCUGUUUGUGAAACUCCACAUGAGAGGCUAAAAAUAUUGUAUACAAAAAUUCUUGAUGUUCUUGGACACAUCCCUAAAAAUGCAGCGUAUAGAAAGUAUACAGAACAGAUUACAAAUGAGAAGCUGAGUAUGGUUAAAGCGGAACCAGAUGUUAAAAAACUAGAAGAGCGACUGCAGGGUGGCCAAAUAGAAGAGGUGAUUCUUCAGGCUGAAAACGAACUUAGUCUGGCAAGAAAAAUGAUCCAGUGGAAACCAUGGGAGCCUUUAGUGGAAGAGCCUCCAGCCAGCCAAUGGAAAUGGCCAAUAUAAACAGCAUUAACUAACUUAUCUGUUGAUAGGAGACUGAUGUAAUUAAAUAUUCUGUUAUAUGUUAAAAAAUGUUUCCAUAUUAUUGACAUCAUCAAGAAAACUGAUACAGAACACAUUUAAGUGAUUUGUUAAAGUUGAUGAUUAUGGUAAUUUGUGAAUUCAGUUUUUGAUUUGUAGAGCAUUCAUUCAAAUUAUUUCAAAGGUAAUUUUUUUUUUAAAGGUUGUGUUUUAAAACCUGUGUUUUUUUUAAAAAACAGGUUCCAAUUAAAUUUUUCCAAAACUUAACUGGAAAAAUUCCUAUAGCUCUUCACUGUAGGGGCCAUAUUUGAAAGGUGAAGUAUUUUUAGUAGUAUCUUCAACAGAUGAUUUAAUUUUUUUAUUCUGGAAAAACAGAAAAGAUAAUUAUUAUUGUUGUUGAAACAAAUUAAUAGGUCACUUUUUAAAGUGAAGUAGUAAGGAAAAAACCAUCAAAUUAGAAUUCAUUGUACACUUGGGAAAAUUGAUUUGGUAUUUGAAAGAAAGAUUUUUAUUUAUAGUAGUAGUUGGAAAAACUUUUCCUUUUGUCUCAUUUAAGGAAAUUAGUUUUCUGGCCCUUAGUCUUUAGUUUUCUUGAUAACCAAAGUAUAUCAGGAUAGAGAGAGAAUUUCUGUAAAAGAGGAGACACUAAGAGUUCUUAGGAACUGUUUAUCUGACAUACAGAUAGGCUUAUAUUCAAAACAUCUUAGUUGUAUGCUUAUAAUUUCAAAGUGGAAUCGUUAAGUAGUUUUCACUAAUUUUCAGUAUAAGUGCAGCUGGGUAUCAAACAGAAGAUAACUGCUGUUCAAAGAAAGAAGCAGUUUGGUAAGUUUAGGUUAAAAAAAAAUAAAAUUACUUUUCAUUUGUCCUCACCUUUUCGUUUUGUUAAUAGCUGCCUAUCAUUUCUAAAUUCUUAAAUUUGGUAGUUUUUACCUUCAAAGGUAGUAUUUUUAUUUUUUUAUUUUUUCACCGUCGAAGGCAACUAACAUUAUUCUGUGAUGCUGGUGGGGCCAGGAGUGAGCAACCUGUCGGCCUCCAUGUCUGAGCUGGCUUCCCUGAGGGCUGCCUGGUCCACAUUUGCAAAGUGGGGCACAGGUGGGUCAACAAGAGGUUGACAAUCUUCUCUGUGGUCAGCCCAGCUGUGGGCCUGCCUCUCACUUGCUCCAGGCUGCUCCCUCAGGUCCACCUUGGUCUUGUCACCAGAGUCUUCCCGUAGCAGAUUUGGAGACCUAUACUACAAGGGGAAGACUUGUUGGGUUGUCUUCAGAUGUUAAGUUCCUUUACCUGAUGCUCCAGCAGGCUUUUCAAAUGAGCCUUCCCACAGGACUAGCUCUUCUAAUGCCUUCUGACAAGCAAAAUGGUAUUCCGGAGAGUCUGUGUCCUUUUCCACAAGGUACUCUUCCAUAAAUCGAAGAUCACUUUCAUUAUUCUCAAGAAGCCAAAAUCUUUAGAUCUUGUAGGACUUAGUGUUCUUUAACUGCAGAAAGAGGACUUUAGAUCUUGAACCCUUGCCAGUUCCCCAGUUAUCUAUUAAUAUAUCAGACCUCAGUCACUGGAAGGUAGUUGCUAAUCUCAUGUUUGUUUUUUUUUUCUUCUAAGGGAGAAAAUCCCAACAAUGCUCCAUAGAAGAAAAUCCCCAAAUGUAGGCUAAUAUCAGCCUUUUCUUUUUCUUCCAGCUUCUAUGGUUAUAUCAACAAAUAGAUGUUAAAGAAACCACCUGUGCAAGCGUGUUCUGGGGUCUAGGGUAGAAGAGCAAAUUAUUGAACAUACCAUGAGUAUUUUGCAUUUGAGGGCAGAAUUUCCUUUGAAGCUCAGUACUCAGUGGGAUUACAGCCUAAAAUACAAUUACAGUAAUUUUAUGAGACAAAAGUAAAUGAGAAGGUAAGAGUUGGUUUAGAGGAGGAUGAAGAGGUUUAUUUUAAAUAGAAGUCACAAAUUGUAGAGGAGUAAAACAUGCCAUCCCACUAAGUCUCUGGUAUGCUGAUUAUUUUGAGCUGAAAACAAGGCCUAAAGACUCAGGAAGAAAUUUUGAAGGAAGCUAUCACCAAACAUAACUAUAAUACGAACUAGGUGUUCAGACAGGGAGGAACCUAGCAAAGUCUCUUAAAGUUCUGGUGUCUUACUCCACAUGGCCUAACAAACAUUUGUUUUUCUAUAUACUGGUGAAAUGCUGUCCUCCCCACGAAGUCCCAAACCACAGCCUGCAGCAGCAUCUUUUGUCUUUUGGUGAAAGUGGUAUGCAAUGUGAGGGUUUUAGCCCUUUUGGUGAGUUACUUGGGUUUUCCUGGGUCACUCCCAUGAAUACGUAUUAUUAAAAUGUGUCUGAUUUUU